AUGGAAACCAGGAACAAUGUGACUGAAUUCGUGCUCCUAGGACUAACUCAGAAUCCUGAGAUUCAGAAAAUAUUAUUUGUUAUCUUCUUACCCAUCUACAUAAUAACUAUGGGGGGCAACCUCCUGAUUGUGGCAACAGUCAUUUCUAGCCAUUCUCUGCGAUCUCCAAUGUACUUCUUCCUUGCUUUUUUAUCUCUUAUGGAUGCUGUUUAUUCCACAACCUUUUCCCCUAAAAUGAUCAUAGACUUACUAUAUGAGAAGAAAACUAUUUCCUUCAGAGCCUGCAUGAUCCAGCUUUUUAUUGCACACUUCUUUGGUGGAGCAGAGGUCUUUCUCUUGAUGGUAAUGGCUUAUGACCGCUAUGUGGCUAUCUGUAAGCCCCUGUACUAUUUGAUUAUCAUGAGGCCACAUACAUGUGUUCUGCUGCUGGUUGUAGCCUGGGUUGGAGGUUUCCUUCACUCGGUGGUUCAGCUCCUUUUAAUUUUCAGGCUCCCCUUCUGUGGUCCUAAUGUCAUUGAUCACUUCAUCUGUGACAUGUACCCUUUACUAGAACUUGCUUGUACCAAUACCUAUAUCAUAGGACUCUCAGUGGUUGCUAAUGGAGGAGCAAUCUGUGUUGUCAUCUUUACACUGUUGCUUAUCUCCUAUGGGGUCAUCCUAAACUCCCUGAGGACUCACAGUAUGGAAAGCAGACUCAAAGCUCUUUCUAUUUGCAUAUCCCACAUUACAGUUGUUGUCUUAUUCUUUGUACCUUGUAUUUUCAUGUACGUUAGACCUGUCUGUACCUUCUCCAUUGAUAAAACAAUAACUGUUUUUUUUACUAUUGUCACCCCUAUGCUGAACCCCUUAAUCUAUACUCUGAGAAACAAGGAGAUGAAGAAUGCCAUGAAAAAACUGCUGGGAAAAGUAGAAAACAGUAUUGCAGAAACUCAGUAG